AUCCUCCCGUCCACCAAGGCGUACUCUGUAAGUGCGCUCUCAUCGUAAAUCAAACUAAUUCUGGAUGACAAUCGGUCGAAAGUGGUUUGUGAGAAUGUCGCACGACAAGUCGCCGGGGGCGGAUUUUUCAUAUUUGGAUAUGUGAAGAUUAGAAGGAAGGAAAGUUCCCGUCUGUUCGGAAGAAGCGCGGCAGAAUGACACGCUGGGUGGUGUCCUUUCUCCUGCAAGGGUUUGUUCUUCCCCUUGCAUUUCUUUCCGGAAUCAUUCUUCGUCAAAAUGGUCAAUCGUUUUUAUAUUUAAUACUUCUUUUCAUCAAUCCAACAGUUCCUGUGCCAACAGUCAAGUCUAUGUUUGGCUGGACUGGAUUCUAUCAAAAAUUUGUUUUGUGUGUAACAAUUAUAAAUAUGUUGAGUUCAUUUGCAUUUCAGUUAGUGUUAAUUAGUAAUCCACCUUAUGGUCACCUUGUUGAACCACCAUGUAGUUCAAUAGAACGAUAUUUAAGAUAUGCAGGUUUAGUCCGUUUAGACAAAUUAGACUUUCUGACUUUAACAUGUAUCCUAUCACCAGACAUUAUAAUAUUAGCAACGACCCUAAUAGUUCACGCUUCCUGUAAAUCCUUAAAUCCUUGGUUGUUUGAAGAACAACUUUUACCAAUAUCAGAACCUCACAGUUCUGAACCAGACCAAGCUGCUAAAUUAAGAACAAUCCAUCGUGUUGUAUCAAUAGGAAAAUACAUGUGCCUUAUGGUCCUAUGUUUUGCUGGAAUUAUACGUCCAUGCGUCUUCAAUGCGGUUUAUUUCAUAUCAUUCCUUGUUAUAAUGACAUUAUGGGGAUACAACAAACAUUUGGGAAAAACGUUCGCUUAUUUUUGCAGAUGUCUUGUUAUAUUUAUAGCUGGUCACUUAUGUCUACUGUUUCUAUAUCAAAUGCAAUGGGCUCAAGAACUUCUUCCGAGUGACUCCAGUAUACCAAGAUAUCUAGGUCUAAUUUCUCUUGUAAAAAAAUAUUGCUCCGACCCAAGAGUGUAUAAUCUCGUCUGGCAAGAUUGGGAUUUCUUUGCUAAUCCUUUUAUUUUGGUCAUUCUUUACUACAUUUUAUAUUAUGAAGCUAACUUAAUAAUCAACAAUCCAGAUGACAAUUUGAAAGAGGCGGGCAUGACACGACAGCUCAGUACCCGACUCUCUCAAAAAGGAAAACUCCUUCGUAACCAAACAAACCGUUGGCGUUCAGCCACUCGUAAAGUCAGGGACCCUUCUACAUCUUUGGACGAAGCAUCUGCACCAAUGGCGUUAACUGAAACAACGCCUUUGACUUCAAAAGAAGUAUAUUGGAUACCCUGUUUGAACCCAUUGAUCAGAGGGAGGGAGUCAGUAUUAAGAAAACACGGUAGAAAAGGAGUGAUCGACACGUUGGGAAAUGUUACAAUAACCGAAGUCCCUGAGCCUUCUGAAGAAAAAAUGCAGGAUGAAGAAAAGUUACACAAAGGAGCCGGAGAAAUCAUCGAACUGAAACAGUUUCGGAAAGCUCGUCUUAAGAAAAGAAAAAAAGAUACUGUGAGCAUAUGCGAGGCUAUUUUAAAUGUGAUUUUGUCUGCUCUUCAACUCAUCGCCAAGUCUUCCUACCUCGCUGCAAACAUUAGCAUGAUGGCAUGGAGUAUUACUUACCACAGUUGGCUCACUUUUAUCCUCCUAUUAUGGGCAAGCAUACUGUGGCUUGUGCCAAACCAGCGUAAAGCAAUGUACAAGUCGUCUCCAUUUUUAGUCCUGUACGCUUUAGGCUUGCUAAUAGCUCAAUAUAUUUACGGUAUGAAUUUGACUGAAAGUGAACUACCUCAAACCGUCAGUGGACUUAAUCUAAAACAGAUUGGCUUUGAAAAAGUUGCUCAUUAUCCAAUCAAACCGUUAACAAUUAAGAUACUGUACACUCUUUUGUUCUGGAUCACUUUAAGACAACACAACCAACAAAAAUGGGAAGCAAGAAACAAAACAGCUAUGGCUGAUAUUGCAUCUCCAUUUCAUCUUGGUCUCGGACCAGCAGCAAUGCCGUCUGGAGCAACUUCCAAAACGAGUGCCUUUGUUGAUAAAUUUGGAUCAAUUUGUCGAGGGAUCUUAACAAAGUUUUGGAUUUGGGUCGUCGCUUGUAUACUUUUUGCCAUCGGCAUCGCUGGAGAAAGAAUAACAAUAAUACGAAUCGUUUAUAUGUCAAUGGCAUUGCUGUUCAUCCUUACAUUCCAGCUCAACUGGAGCAUGUGGAGAAAUAUGAUGUACAGCUUCUGGCUCGUGCUUAUCAUCUACUCGAUGAUCAUCUUAGUCGUAACUUACACAUAUCAAUUUGACAACUUCGACAAAUAUUGGGAAGAAUAUCUUAAGGUGCCUGUUCGGCUCCAAAAGGAUAUAGGAUUGGAAAGAUUCGAUACAAAAGAACUGUUUGUGAAACUUCUCACUCCAACUUUAUUCGUCAUUAUAACUGUGCUCCAAGUUCAUUAUUUUCAUAAUGAUUUUUUAGAAAUAUCAGAUAUAAAAAGCAGAGGGACUAGCAUAGGCCGCAAACCUUCUGGUGGUCCUUUUGACAUAGUGCCUCUGCGUCAAGAUGGCGAUAAAAGGAAAACCAUGCUCAAACCUAGUUUCUUAAGAAGAUGCAGCAAAAUUGUCAACUUUAUAUGGUUAUUUUUGGAAUUGCAUCUUUUAAAGCUGGUCUUGAUUUCAAUCAUGCUUCUUGCUGCUAAUGACGUAUGUGCAGUGCAUUUGUCAUUAGUAAUAUUAAUAGUAAUAGGAGUACUCCUCAACACGUCGAUGCAGAUUAUGAUCACUCAUAUUUGUUCAUCGAUUGUCUCUGCACUUAUUAUUUUGAAAAUGGUUUAUCAGAUAAACUAUAUAAGUCAUUCAGAAUGGGAUGUUCAUUGUGACGAGGUGAAUACAACAAGAAAUUCGGCAGAGUGGGUAGGAUUUAGAAAAGCUGCAAAGGGUGAAACUUUACCCUUUCUUCUUAAAGGAUAUAUCGGUGUGCUUAUAAUAAUAACAGUCCAUGCUGUCGUUCUGCGAAGGCAAAAAUUCCACAGGCAUUUACAAGGGAGACAGCUUUUCCGACCGUUGGUCAUGUUCCCGAAAAUUACCCAUUCGGACGUUGACAAAGACGUGCCACACUUUAUUAAAUAUAUGAUGAAUUAUGGUUUCUACCGGUUUGGUGUUGAGCUUUCACUCAUUUCGAUCGUAACUUUAAUUGGUGUAAGAAUGGAUUUCUACGCUGUACUUUACAGUCUUAUUUUAUGUUUCCUCAUCACACCAAAUAGAAAGAAACUUUCAAAACUUUGGCCUUUUUUGACAUUGUUUAUUGUUGUAACAAUACCGUUGCAAUAUUCUUUAGCAGUAGGGGUGCCUCCUGUAUUCUGUAUAGAAUAUCCAUGGAACCAAUCUGAUACAUUACAAAGGAUGAAAGAAUGGAUGUUUUUUCCUGACCACGAUGACCCUCCAGAAGCCUAUAAACUUAUCUGUGAUUUCUUGGUUUUGAUGUUUGUGAGCAGGCAAGCGUUAGUUUUCAAUAUUGAAAAACGUCAUAGACAUGAUACUUAUAUUGGAGGAAGUAACAAGCCUGUUCUUCAUGCAUUCGACGAGAAGGAUUUUGUAAACCCUGUACCUGAUUUCUUCUCUGUCACAAAAUCAGUAUUAGACGUUUUAAAACGGAUUCUGUUUGCUGCUUCUUUCUGGAUUUGUUUGGCCCUUGUUUUUCUGGCAGGAACAAACCGAGUCAACAUAUUUUCUCUAGGCUAUCUCAUAGGGGCUUUCAUAUUCUUAUGGCAAGGAAAUGACCUGUAUUUAAGACCAAUUAAGACAAUUUUGGUGUGGUGGAACUCUUUAUUAGCCUACAAUGUAGGGAUAAUAUUUGCCAAGGCUCUUUUCCAAAUUAUAGGUUGUAUUUUUAUAACGACCAUGAAGACACAAGCUUGCUGGAUGAUACAACUGUUUGGUAUAGCUUGCAUUCAGAAAUUUGAGUCAGGAGGAGGAGGGAUAUUGCCAUCUACAACCUUUGAACCGACUGAAUGUGUGGUACCGCGGACGGAGGUCGGUCUGGCAUGGGACGGGUGUUGUUUUGCCAUGUUGCUGCUUCAGCGUCGCCUUUUCUCGAGUCAUUAUUUUAUGAGGAUGAUAGACGAGGCUAAAGCUAUGGCGAUACUCGCAUCUCGAGGUGCGGAACUAAUAGAAGAUCUAAGCAACAAGCAAGUCGAGUUCCAGAGGGAAUCGGAGAAACAAUUGUUGGAGAAGAUCAAGGGUAAAAUGGACCGAAUUAAAGCGUCGCAAAAGAAACUCCAUGGCCCUAAUUAUCAAGAACCGGAAAAUCAUCACAAAGUGUUUGAUGACAAGGACGAGGAUUGGUUUAAAAAUUAUUAUCAUCACGACAACUGUAAUGCAAUAAGAUCCGGAGACUAUUUCAUGUUUGAUGACUAUGAUGAGGAUCUAGAUCUCAUUUCUGAGUUGAGCGUCGCAUCGUUCACAACGACGUUGAGCGAUGAAAACGUUGAUUUAAAACGAACGAGUGUAACUCAGCUAAUUACGACAGCCUUGAAGACUGACGUGAAGACAGCAAUUAAUGAAGCUGCUGCGACAAAUUUGAAGCCAAGAGAAGAAUAUGUUGAUGUAGACGAUGAAAAUGUUGACACUUCAGGACAAGUAGAUCCACCAUGUGGUGAAGAAGGCAAACCAGGGCCGAGUGGAAUGUUCAAAAGGAAGAAAAAAAUGAGCAUAGUAAAAUCGUCUAGCUUUGGAUCAGACGGCCUACUAGAUGAAAAUAUGUCAAGACGCAGACUAUGCGAUGAGAAUGAAUCGGACACCCAGGUUGUUUCUGACCGUACUGAGAUAACGUCAGCAGGUGAUGAGGGUGACGAGCAGGAUCAUGUAGAUAAAAUGCAUAGCGAUAAGGGUGACGAUGAGGAUCGUAUUGAUAAAGCCCAUAGUGAUAAGGAUCAUGAUGAGGACACUGACAAAGGAGGGCUUUUUGGGAGUCGUCACUCUGUAGAAGCUAGACCAUCAAGGAAAAUAUGUUCAAAUAUUUUACGGUAUAUCGAGACCAUACUCAGCUCUAUAAUGGUAACGUUUACAAGAUUCUUAAACCGGACAUCAAGGGAUUAUCGUUAUAUAAUGAAAACGCUUUCGGUUGAAAAAAAAAUUCUCUUGAUGACACACAAUUUUGGGACUGGGAUGAGAACAGGUCCUGGACAAGUUUGGAAGCCUGGCCCUUACAUACCUGCAACUGUUAAGGAUAAAAAAGCAGACCUUGAGGUCCAAACUGACCUAGAAGAUAUUACAUAUGUCGAUGAAACAGACAGUUACAGUCAACUUAACAUGUCAGUGGCGCAGUUUGAAGAAGAAGGGGAAUUGAAGGCAAAAGAUCAGUCGCCGUUUAUAAGAUUAAUUCUGGCCAUGUGGUUCGCUCUUUUGUCACAUUCAGAGUUGAGCUGUUACAUUAUUAUAUUUCUACAUCAAAUUUACACACCUACUGUUCUUACGAUACCUUUGCCUUUGAUGGUGUUUUGCUGGGGGACUCUGACAGUGCCACGACCGUCCAAGACCUUUUGGGUCACAAUUAUCGCAUACACAGAGGUGGUUGUUGUGAUAAAGUGCAUAUUCCAAUUUGAAUUUCUUUAUUGGAACAAAAAGGCGAGCCAUGCGGCUUUUGAUGUUUCAAAAAUAAUUGGAAUCGAAAAAAAACCUGGCACUUACGCCAAUUUCGAUCUGAUGGUCCUACUUGUCGUAUUCUUCCACAGGACAAUGCUUAAACAGCUUGGUCUCUGGAGGUUCACGGAUCCGACAAGAAAGUCUGAGCCGAACGUCUCUGCCACAUUGAACAUUGAGGAAAAAGAGGAGAAUGACAAACAUAUGUUGGCUAUCGAAAAAAUUAUUAAAAAGAGAGAACCAUCGUCUUCAUCCUCAUCUUCGUCCACAUCAACUUCAUCAAGUGGUGGAAGUCCUAUUAGAUUCAGGAAAAAGAAAUCAGUUAAAUUGAAAACUGAUUUUGACACAGUUAGUCACAUGAGUGAAGAGGAUGAUAAAAAGAAAAGUACAAGGAAAGGACCUUGUUAUGAAUUCUUCAAGAAACUUUUAGACAGCAAAGGACGAGUCACAACAGACGUUUAUGCCUAUAUGUUCUUUUUUGAUUUUAUAAAUUUUCUUAUUGUUAUAUUUGGUUUUUCUUCAUUCGGAGUGAGUCAAUCUAGUCAAGGAGAUGGUGGUGUCUCCCAAUACUUUGCUGAAAACAAAGUCCCAGUAGCAUUUCUUAUAAUGCUUAUAUUGCAGUUCAGUCUUAUUAUAAUUGAUCGAACGCUUUAUCUAAGAAAAUACAUUCUUGGUAAAAUAGUGUACCAAUACAUUAUUAUAUUUGGGAUACAUGUUUGGAUGUUUGCUAUUUUGCCCUACGUCACUCAAAGACCGUUCAACUCAACAACUCCCCCGAUGUUGUGGUAUAUGUGUAAAUGUUUUUACCUGUUACUGUCAGCAUAUCAAAUCCGUUGCGGUUACCCAACAAGAAUUUUCGGAAACUUUUUGUGCAAAUCGUAUAAUUAUAUAAAUUAUAUUUUAUUUAAAAUAUUUAUGACAAUUCCUUUCGUGUUUGAAUUGAGAACAUUGAUGGAUUGGAUUUGGACAGACACUUCCAUGACUUUGUCAGAUUGGUUGAAAAUGGAAGAUAUAUUUGCUCAUGUAUUCCAGAUUAAGUGCCAAAGGAGAGCUGAAUCAGAUUAUCCACAACCAAGGGGAGAAAAAAAGAUCAAUUCGACCAAAUACCUAAUCGGAGGAGGAUGCUUGGUAGCUAUAAUUGCAGUCAUUUGGUUUCCUCUAGUUUUGUUUGCUCUCGGAAACACUGUCGGGAAGCCAAAUUUACCAUCUGAAGUUACAAUAUCAAUAAAAAUUGGAGCAUUCUCACCCAUAUAUCAAAUCACAGCUCGAAAUGAUUCUAUAUUUUCUUUCACUGAAGAUCAGUGGACUUCCUUCAGUAAUAUUUAUUGGAAAUCAAGAUCUGCUGAGACAUUUUUGUCUAAUUACAUUUUCGACGAUGUGGGGGUGGUGAUAUUUAGUCCGCACUCAACUGUUGUGUGGUCAAUAUCACCACCCGAUAAUGCUACUAUGCUGUCUGAUUUGGAAUCAAAUAAAACAAUAAACAUUCGUUUGGAUUGGACAAUAACUAGAUCAAUAAGCCAGCAGGAUCAACCUGGAACUCUUCACGGUUCAAAAGAGUCUGGACUAGUGAAAGACGAUCCUGCUAGAUCAGCUCUAGCCAAAUUUUUGAAAAGGGAAAAAAACACAGAUGCUGCAGGAUUGCCAUAUAUUUUCCCAAAAUUUUUAAAAGUAACAAACAGGGGGUUAACAAAUGCAGUAAGACCCCUAGUAAGAUUCGACGAUGAGUUGGCCAAGUUUGAUAAUGCAAGCCCUUUUAGAACGAUAGAAGUCACGAUGAAAGACAUGAACAAUUCAGUUUGGUGGGAAGUCGAGGAGAAUUUUACAGAUCCGCUCGCUCCAUUUUUGAAGAAGCUGCCACGUUUUGAAAGGGACAAAUUGGUUCUUUAUACUUUCAACGAUAAGGCUUUCCCCGCUACAUUAACUAUUGUCUCUGGCAAAGGCAUUAUUGGUUUGUACACAACAUUUGUAAUUGUCGUACAUUCCAUCAUAAGAGGUUUCUUUACUGGCAUAUCAUUCAAGAUUAUGUUCGAUGACAUGCCUAAUGUAGACCGCAUUUUACAGACAUGCCUUGACAUCUACUUGGUCCGUGAAAGCAGGGAGCUUGACCUGGAGGAGGACCUGUUUGCCAAACUUGUAUUUUUGUACCGAUCACCAGAAACGUUAAUAAAGUGGACCAGGCCGAUUGAAGAAGCUGGCGAUGAUGACGGAGAUAUUCCGCCAGCUGAAUUAAAUGAAUAAGCUAUUUGAUAUUUUCUUAGUGCUUUGUGAAAAAAUAAAAAUCCAAAUCUGCUAUUACUACUCUAAUAAGUCUUUCUAUUGGAAGCCAUGAUGUAUACUUCUUUCUUAAUUCAUCAACAUAUCAUUUAUUAAUGUUUCAUGAUGAAACGAUGAAAAAUUAAAUAUAUAUGCAUUGAUUUUUAUAAUCAAAUUACACAUUAAGUGAAAUGUUUUAUGAAAAUUUUCUUUUUAUUAUUUUUAUUCAUUAUUUCGGCUAAAAAAAAAAAAGCAAACAGAAAUUCAUGCCAAGUGUAAUUUUAGCCACAUUUGUAAAAAUGUAAUAGUUAAAAUGUUAUCGACAUAGUCACUAAGAAAACUGAUGGUCAUUUUUUGGGUUGUACUUUGCACAAUGUCUUAAGAAAUAAACAAUGUAAAUAAAAAAAACUUUUGUAUCAAUUAUCAAUCUUGUAAAGUUUUUAAAUAAUAAUAUUAUUAAUAUAACGUAAAUUAAGUAAUAUUUUCCUUGUUGAAACAUGAUUUGAAAUUUAAGAAUUUUAAAAUUCAGUUCGAUUCAAAUUGUGUAUGCUACUUGUUUCUUAUUUACAUCACUUUCUGUUAUUUUGUAUAAAUGUGAGCUAAAAAUGCUCUAAAGGGUAAAAUGUACCUCAUAAUUAAUAUAUGUUGUUUGGUUUUAAUAA